AUGGCGGCAGAGCCCGGGCGCCCAUGGGCCCAAGCGCGCAGAGCGUACGGUGCCAGCGAGGCGCUGCAGCGCGCGGUGGGCCGCCGGCGGGACCACGGGACGCAGCCCAACGGGCCAGGAGUGGAAGAAGCCCGCGCCCCGGGCCGCCUGGCUCGUCUGCGGGGCCAGCUGCGGGCGGAGGCGGCGGCGCGGGCCGACGCGCCCCGGCUGCUGCGGCUGGUGGACCGCGCGGGGGCCGCGGCGGGGGCCGCAGGGAAAGGGGAUGUCGAGGAGGGGCGCAGCCGCGGUUCGGUGUGCUCGGUGUGCGGGGAGCCGCGCGGCGGGGCCACCUACCCGGCGGGCGUCCUGGAGGUGAGCGAGCGGAGGCUGCAGGAGGGCCUGGCGGCCAUGCGGGCCGAGCUGGGUGCGGGGCUGGAGGCGCUGCGCGCGGAGCUGCGGGCCGAGCUGGACGCCCUGCGCGCGCUGCUCCCGCCCCCUCCGCCGCCCGCCCGCCGCGAGCCCCGCGUCCCCCGCGGACCGGCCCUGCUGCGGGCGCUGGGCACCGCGAAAGCCCUGGCCGCGGGCGCGAGUUCCGCCGAAGACGCCUCAGACGGCCCGGCCGACGGCAGCGCAAGCCGGGUCCCGGCCCGGAAGAACCUCAAGAAGACCCCGGUGCCGCCCGGGGCGCCGCAGGGCGGUGGGGAUUAAGCGCGGCCGCGCCCAAGGGGCCCGGGGCGAAGGGCUGGGGCGCUGCCGCUGGCCGAGAGACUUUGCUACCCCGGGGAGGGGCGGACUGGUGGCUCGAGGGGCGCGGAGGGAGAACGGUCCUCCGACGCCGCCUGCUCGGCUUGGGCAUCGGAAGGGGCGGGA